AUGUUCCCGCUGCUGCUCUGCUGCAGCCUCCAGUCGCGCUUCAGCUUCGACGACGCCAUCCUCGACGCGCGCGUGCGGGUCGAAAUGACGACUGGCACCGUGCACGAAGGCGCCGUCUUUGCAAUGUACCAGCCGCAGGGCUGCUUUGUGGUCGAGACGCCGGCCGGCGCGCCGCAAGGCCGCGCAACCUAUCUCACCAUCAACACGCAGUACGUUAAGAGCGUCAAGGUGCUCGCUGCCGCGCCGGACACCGGCGAGGCGAGUGGCACCGUCCCGCUGCCGUUCGACCCGAGUGCGGUCAAACUGGCAGCUACGCAGCGCACGGCCCACCAGCUCGGUCAAAUGAGCACCAAGACGUUCGCAAACAUGAACGCGAAUGCGACCGCGGUCUUCGACGACAUCCACAAGACGAUGCCGUGCGAGUGGCUGGCGGACACCCCGCCCUCCAUCUCCGUCCUCGGCGAGACGGUCGCUCGCGUGAAGAAGGUGCUCGAAAAGGUGCUCACGAAGAUCGGAGCCGGCUGA